AUGCAGCAUUUGUGGUCACUUUUCACAAAUCAAGAAUUUCCGCAUUUAUUAGCAAAUGCACUCUGCUUAUCUUGCGCAGUUCCACCAAGGACUGAAUUAUGCGUUUAUCAUGCAAAUUGUAUGUUCAUAUAUACAAAAGCACAUUCUGAAUGCUUAAGUGACAGGACAACAUAUAAUGAUGGAAAAGGAAGCAACGUAAUCAUGGAAAUCACUGUAAAGGUAUGUGAAAUGUUCACUGAAACCACAUUCAAAUACUCAUAUUCCUGCAGUGCUGGAUGCUUAAGUGACAGGACAACAUAUAAUGAUGGAAAAGGAAGCAACGUAAUCAUGGAAAUCACUGUAAAGUGGGGAAAACUCACUACAAUCGUCCGCAACAAAAUCCUUCGUCAUUGCAAAGUCUGCUACGACAGCAGUAGCAAAGGUGGCUGGGAUUCCAAAUGGGUCGACAUUCACACUUCUCCCUUCGUACUUCGUGCAUUAAGUUUAGAAGGUAAAAAAGAACGAAUUUUUAAUGACGCUACUAGGGUGUGUAAAAAAUCUACUGAAAUCGAAUUCAAACACUCAUAUUCCUGCAAUGCUUUCAUGAAAUUCAUGAAGCACAUUAAAUUUGUCCACAAAUGUCCAGUUGAUCCCACCCAGGAAGGUGGUUUGUAUCUGACCAGCAUAACAGGUUUGCUUUUACAUCAGCAACAAUUUUUUGCACUUAAAAGCAAACGUGUUUUUAACAAUAAGUCAACUACGCGUCCAAAUCACGCUUUGAAGAAUGUUGGAAUCGCUCCUGAGUUGCUCGCAAAAAAAAAAAAUUUCGCCACUCCAAUUUUAACUCCACAGACAACUCUUCCCAAUUCUUCAUUACUCUUUUUGUCUACUAUCACUACUGCAUUCGACAAUCCCAUUGUCCAGCCCUUGGCUCUUUCAAACUUACUUAAUACAUCUCCAGGAAAAGAUAAUUUUAACUACUUACGUAUAUUACUAAGUGGCAUGCAUUCUGGUACAUUGCCGGCUGCCUCAUCAGCGUUUGGCAAGAAAAUGUCGGAAGGCACUCUCAAUUCACUACCUGUGAGCAUCGUAAAAGAAGAAACGCCCGUUUAUUUAUGA